AGACGGUCUGUUUUCAUUCGCGCUCGCAAGUCCUCUGACCUGUUGCGCUGACAGCGCGCUUCCACGUUGAAACGCUCCGUGGAGUUUCGCCCCCUCUUGUCUCUUUUAGAGUCAAUCUCCCUCCCCUCUCGCGCAACCAUGGCGGCGACCUGGACCGUACGAUCUCUUUGUUUAUUGUUUAUCUUCUGUCUGGCUGUGGAAGGGACGCGGGGCCGGGAGAGGGUCUAUUAUGUGGCUGCUGUCGAGGACUUGUGGGAUUACGCGCCAAGUGGAAAAAACCUAUUGAACGACGUGGACGUCGCAGAUGAUGAGCAUGCGUCAAUAUUUCUGGAGAGAGGACCCCAUCGUAUUGGCAGUGUUUAUAAGAAAGCCAUGUUUCGACAGUACACUGAUGCCACAUACAGUCAGCAAACCCCAAGGCCCACCUGGUUAGGCUUCCUAGGACCUGUACUGCGGGCGGAGGUUGACGACAUCAUUGUGGUCCACCUGAAAAACAUGGCAACCAGGAACUACUCAAUCCAUCCCCAUGGAGUUUUCUAUGAGAAGAACAUGGAAGGGGCACUUUAUCCAGAUGGGACCUCUGGUAACCUUAAGCAGGAUGACUCAGUACCACCAGGGGGAAGCUACACUUAUCGCUGGGAGGUCAGGCCUGAAUUUGCGCCGACUGAUGAUGACGCCAACUGCUUGACAUGGGUGUACCACUCUCACUUAGAUGCCCCCCGGGAUAUCGCCUCUGGACUUAUAGGGGCCCUGCUUACAUGUAAGAAAGGAAUCCUAAAGGAGCAUAGUGAAGAGGGGAGCGCUCGCAAUGACGUGAAUCAAGAUGUCUUCCUGAUGUUUAGCAUAGUGGAUGAGAAUUUGAGUUGGUACCUUGAAGACAACAUUCAGAGAUGUACGGAUGCAUCUGGGGUUGACCUGGAAGAUGAAGAUUUUGUGGAAUCAAACUUGAUGCAUGCCAUUAAUGGGUACAUGUUUGGUAACCUGCCCGGAAUUGAGCUAUGCCAGCACCGUGCUGUGUCUUGGCAUUUGUUUGGCAUGGGUAACGAGGUGGAUAUUCACUCUGCCUUUUUCCAUGGAAACACCUUACUGGACCGCGGCCACCGAACUGACGUGCUCAGCCUUUUCCCAGCUACAUUUGCUACAGCUGAGAUGGUGCCCACAGCGAACGGCAAGUGGCUGCUGACUUGCCAAGUUAAUGACCACCUGCAUGCCGGGAUGCAGGCAUUUUAUCAAGUGAAUUCCUGUGGCAAUGAGGCCAGCGCCAAACUGAUGAGUGGCAUUGUCAGGAAUUACUAUGUGGCAGCAGAGAAAAUACAGUGGAACUACGCUCCUUUGGAAAAAGACCUGAUCAAAAAUGUAUCCCUGACUGACGCAGGCAGUCCAUCAGAGGCAUUUUUUGGUAAAGAUGGCGGUCGGAUCGGCGGUACCUAUAUUAAAGUGAUAUACAAAGAAUACACAGACGAUACUUUCCAGACUGAAAAAUUAAAGAAGCCUGAAGAUCUCCACUUGGGAAUCUUAGGUCCCAUCUUGAGGGCAGAGGAAGGAGACACGCUCAAAGUGACAUUUUUCAAUCGAGCUGAUAGAAACUACAGCAUCCAUCCGCAUGGCUUGCACUAUGAAAAACGCUUCCAAGGAAGCAACUAUGUCGACGGUGUUGAUAAACGUGGAGCCCACGUUGCUCCAGGGGAGAGAUUCACUUACACCUGGGAGGUCCUGGAAGGUCCAUCUUCAUCUGACUCUCCCUGCAUCCCCUAUUUGUACUACUCUGCAACAGCGCCUGUUGAGGACACAAACUCGGGAUUAGUAGGACCUCUGCUUGUGUGCAGAAAAGGAACAUUGGAACAAGACGGAACUCAGAAGGGUCUGGACAAGGAGUUCUUUCUUAUGUUUUCUGUCAUGGAUGAAAACCUCAGCUGGUAUUUGGAUGAGAACAUGCACAAAUUUGGCAGCAGUGAGACAAACGUAGAUGAUGAAGACUUCCAGGAAAGCAACAAGAUGCACGCUGUAAAUGGGCUCAUGUACGGGAACCUUCGUGGACUAGACAUGUGCGCUGGAGACAAAGUCACGUGGUACACCUUCGGUCUCGGCACCGAGGUGGACAUCCACGGUGUUUAUUUUGAAGGGAACACCUUCAAAAAGCAAGGCACCACACGGGACACUCUGAACCUCUUCCCUCACAGCACUGCAACUGUGGAGAUGCAACCAAACACUCCAGACACUUAUGAAGUGAGCUGCAGAGUAACAGACCACUACUCAGCCGGCAUGAAGCAGCAGUAUAGGGUGACCUCCUGCCCGGGCCACCAAAUGAACAGUUCACAUCCAGCUCCUAUCAAAACUGUGAAAUAUUUUAUUGCUGCUGAAGAAAUAGAGUGGGACUACUCACCCAGCAGGGAGUGGGAGCUGGAAAAACACCACAGCACAUCAGAGGACAGUCCAGGCAAUAUAUUUGUAGAAAAAGGGAAGAACAGAAUUGGUUCACGCUACCAAAAAGUUGUGUAUAAGGAAUACACGGAUGGAAGCUUCACAGUGGAGAAGAAAAGGAAUUCCAAUCAAGAACACCUGGGAAUUUUGGGUCCACUCAUCAAAUCCGAAGUGGGAGAACAGAUUGUAGUCACGUUCAAGAACAAAGCCAGGCAUCCUUUUAGCAUUACUGCACAUGGGGUAAAGACCUCUGGUCCUUCCCUUGCUGUUGACCCAGGUAAGUAUGGGCAAAAAUAUAGAAAGAAUUUCACUUUUGGUGGUGAAUUGAACGUUACUGAUACUCUGUUGUCAGGAUACAUGACGGAGGAGGUUUGGAAUGUACCUGAAAGCUCCGGACCAGGGGACUCAGAUCCUAACUGCAUUUCCUACGCCUACUACUCUGACACCAACUUCAUCAAGGACAUGUACAGUGGUCUUCUGGGCCCGUUGGUGAUUUGCAAGCCUGGGACGCUAAAGGGUGAAGGGACCGACCGGCGCAGGCUCGACAUAGAGAAGGAGUUUGCCCUGUUUUUCAUGGUGCAUGACGAAAACCAGUCCCACUACUUGAAAGAGAACAUCAAAAAAUACCUCGGGGAAGACCCUGACACCUUCAUUCAGGAUGAAGACUUUGAGGAGAGCAACAAGAUGCACGGGAUUAAUGGAAAACUAUAUGGAAACCUCCAUGGAUUGGUGAUGACCCAGGGACAAAAGAUUAACUGGUAUUUACUCGGCAUGGGCAACGAAGUGGACAUGCACACUGUACACUUCCAUGCAGAGACUUUUACUUACAAGACUGACCGUGUACACCGGGCAGACGUGUUUGACCUGUUCCCCGGAACUUUUCAAACGGUGGAGAUGGUAGCUGGAAAUCCAGGCACGUGGCUGCUCCACUGUCACGUAACUGACCAUAUCCAUGCAGGCAUGGAAACGACCUUUACCAUCAACGAAUCAGAGAUCACCUCACAAGCUGCUGCUCCUGAAGGCACCAUGCGGAUGUUAUUGAUCUCCAUCACAUUUGGACUGUGGGCCAUAUUAGUGAUACACUGACAGACUUUGGGAAUUGUGAAAAUACACUGGAUAAAAGGAGGCAAAAAAGAGAUUUGUUUUCUAGAUGUUGUGCCUUAAAGCAAAUGUCAAUCGAGUCCAAAUAUUCAAAGACUGUGUGUUGUACUACUAAUGAACAAUAUUAUAUGUAUAGAAGCAAAUCAAUGUUGUGUCAUGUUGCACUAUUUUCAUAUACUCAGCUACGUUUGCAUAGCACUGCCGCACCAAAUAUUUUGAUAUGACUGUAAUUUACUACCAUAAAAGCUGCUUUGUUUGUUCAAUGUU